UCUCUCUCUUCUUCCCCCCAUUUCUCUUCCCUCCAAUUCUAACUCACGGAUCGCUCCAUCAGAUCUAAUCUAUGGCCUCUUCUUCUGCACUCGUAGAUCCUUCCAGGCACUACACCUAUAACCGCAAGCAAAAAUCUCUCGGCCUCUUGUGCACCAAUUUCCUGAGCUUGUAUAAUCGAGAUAGCGUUCACUUGAUCGGCCUUGACGAUGCGGCUGCGCGAUUAGGGGUCGAGAGGCGGCGGAUCUAUGAUAUAGUUAAUGUACUGGAGAGUGUCGGGGUGCUUGCAAGAAAAGCUAAGAAUCAAUAUACUUGGAAAGGAUUUGAGGCAAUUCCUGGGGCCUUACAGGAGCUCAAGGAAGAAGGUUCAAGGGAGAAUUACGAUGCUUUUGAUGGCGGCCACGAAAAUGCAAAAGUAUCAGACGAUGAGGACGAUGAAGAAACAUUGUCCAAUCCUAGUACUGGAAGUCAGAAUGACAAGUCUUGUCCAAACUCCACUCUUCCCAAAGCCACGAAGAAUGAUAACCGAAGGGAAAAGUCUCUGGCACUUCUCACUCAGAAUUUUGUCAAGCUCUUUGUUUGCCAUAAUGUGAGGAUGGAGUUGAUUUCCCUCGAUGAAGCUGCCAGGUUGUUGCUAGGAGAUGCCCAUAAUACGUCAAUAAUGAGAACGAAAGUAAGACGUCUAUAUGAUAUUGCGAAUGUGCUGUCCUCCAUGAACCUCAUUGAGAAGACUCAUACAUCAGACACGAGAAAACCUGCUUUUAGAUGGCUCGGCUUGAAGGGGAAGAUAGAGAAUGAGUCUAUUCACAAUUCAAAACCCAACGAAUCCAGGAAAAGGAUAUUUGGUAAUGAUAUCACAAACAUCAGUUUUAAGAGGAGUAAAGUGGAUUCAUUCUCUAGUGGGGGCUCAAGCCACAAUACUAAGAUAUUAAACAAAGUGGAUGGUGAUAGUUGGCUCGGUCAGGCAGACAAAAGCCAUCAAGAUCAGGAGGACUCAAAGCAGAGUUCAAGGAGCUAUCAGUUUGGUCCUUUCGCUCCCGCCUUCGUCCCCAAAGUGAGUGCCUCUGAGAAUAAUAAUGCCAAGCGGGUCCAUGAUUGGGAUAGCCUGGCAACUGCCUAUCGUCCACAGUAUCAAAACCAAGCUUUGAGAGAACUCUUCAGUCAUUACAUGGAAGCAUGGAAAUCAUGGUACUCAGAAGUCGCUGGCAAGAGGCCCAUCCAUAUUUUGUAAUUUUUGU